UCCACAGAGGCCGUGUUGGUGUAGCGUCUCGUUGCAGUUGAAAAGUCAAUAUUUUACAGUGAUAAGUUAGAGACAAUGAGCAGCGGAAGGGGCAUCGACUACAGCGCCUGGGACCACAUUUACGUGUCCGACGACGAAGACGUUACCAAUCCCUACGUCGACACUCAGAGCUUGUUCAGAAUGAGACACCGGGCCCGGCUGGAGAAAAUGGCUGACUUUCAGCAGAGAGGGGAGGAUCUGGAACAUAACCUCACGCAAUGCCAGGGACUGCUAAAAGCUGCCCAACAACGACUUCAAGACCUGGAGGGGAGGAUGAAGAACGGAGAGGUGGAUGAGGAGAAGGAGGCUGAGCUGAAGAAAGUCCAGGCUGAGCUGAAGAAACUGAAAAAGGAUGAAAAGUCCUUUGAGAAACUCAUAGAGGAGCACAGGCGAGAAGAAAAGAAACUACCCUGGAACGUAGACACUCUCAGCAAAGAGGGUUUCAGCAAGAGUGUUUUCAACAGUCAGCCCAUAGGAACGAAGGAAACACAGGAAAAAGAGGUGGAGAAGCACAAAUCCUUUGUGGAGAAGUAUUCAAAGGAAAUCAAACACUUUGGCAUGUUACGGCGCUGGGACGACUGUCAGAAGUAUUUAUCAGACAACCCACAUCUGGUGUGCGAAGAGACCGCCAACUGCCUCGUUGUCAUCUGCAUCGACUUUGAGAUUGACGAGAAACACGCCCUCAUGGAGCAGGUGGCCCAUCAGGCCAUCGUCAUGCAGUUCAUCUUGGAUUUGGCUCGAACCCUACGUGUCGACCCAAGGGGCUGUUUCAGGCAAUUCUUCUCGAAGAUUAAGACUGCGGAUAAGCCGUACCUGGAUGCGUUUGACCGUGAACUGGAGCUGCUGAAAGAACGGGUCCGCAGAUGUGCACAGAUGCGGAUGGAGGGUGCCAUGAAGGAGCUGGAGGACGAGGAGAGGCAGAAGAGACUGGGCCCGGGCGGUUUAGACCCAGUAGAGGUCUAUGAAUCACUACCAAGGGAAUUACAGAGGAGCUUCGACGAGAAGAACGUUCAGCUGCUACAUGAAGCCAUGAACAAGCUGGACCCACAGGAAGGAAAAUACCAUCUGAGGAGAUGUAUUGACUCUGGACUGUGGGUGCCUGAGGGUGAUUAUAAAGAGGACGAGGAAGACGAUUAGAAGUAAUCAGUUACGUUAUCCGAAAUGACAUCAUUAAGCAAUACUGUGGUCUGUUUAUGGAUUUUUUAGCUUAUAUGAUUGUGGAUAUUUCUUAUGUUUGACAUUUCCAACAGUCAUUCACCACUUCUGAACAGAGGAUUCUGUUGUUGAGCUAUCGGUUUGUUUUAACCCUGUCAGACCAUCAUCUUCAGAAAAAUCUACAUGCGUGACAUGUAUUUUCAUUCUAUCUUUAGAUGUUUGAUAGCACGUGGGCUGAAAAAGAGACUCCAACAAAGUGAAGCAUUCUGUCAGACCUCAGCCAGUAUUAAUAGAGACCGCUUGCAUGCAUACGCCUGUUUUAAGGAUCUUUAUUCAAGCCAACAACUCUCAUGUUUCAUUUUUACUAGCCCCUUUCUGGCUUUGAAAUGAAGGUGUUAAAUCACUCUUAGAUUUUAGCUUCAGAAGUAACUCUGGGUGUGUUUUGAUAUCAAAGCUAUAAAUAUUUCCUAUUUCUCUGCAAACCUCGGUGAUGGCAGCUUGUUAGAUCUGGUGAGUGAUUUCGAUGUUUUUUUCCUCUAAAAGCUCUGGUAACAAGCACAGGUAGCAAGUGGUUGGUUUACCGCUCUGAUUAAUAAAACUCAGAUGCGUGGAGUCACACAGAGGUGACUUGUUUAAAAGACGUGGUCUCUGUUCAGCUCUUUCUGUUGUCGAGCUGAGAUAAAUGGUGCCACCUUGAGUCUGUUUGCAGAUGAAUGGCUCUGACAGCCUGAAGCCUCUUAAGAGAACAAUUCAAUUUGUGCAGCCAGCUAUCGUGUUUUUUUGGUCAUAGGCUAGCUUUAGAGACAUAGUUUGUUUUAUUAAUAUUCAUUGUCAGGCAAAAUAUUUUCUUUACACUUUUGCUGUAGUUCAUAUGUAGUUUUUAAAUGUUUGGCAUCCUGUGCUGUGGAUCCAAACACUGUUAAUGUCCAGUGGACAAAAUUACAUCAGUGUAGUGUUAUAUAAUAUUGUGUAUAUAUUUUUGUAGAUGGAAAAUUAUCUUUGUGAAUUCAUUUUUAUCCCAAAGUAGGAUCCUUGAUAUGUUAGAGACCUUGAUGUGAUCAUUUUCAAAAGACAAUAAAAUGUGACUCCCUA